AGUGAUACCUGAGCAUUGAAAAGUAUGAAUAAGGAUCCUCCAGCGAAUGCUUCACCAAAUCCAUUUGAAAUGGUUAAUAGUUACUCUCAGAAUUAUUCUCACUGAAAUUUUGUGAAGAAGCUGACUGACCAUCAGUUGCUUGAUAAGUUGAAAAACUCGGUGAAUCAGGCUAUCACUCAUAAAAAUUAUGUCAAUGCCAUUUUCUAUGCUGAUAAGUUAAUCUCAUUAUCUAUCGAUGGGUCUGACUGCUACAAGGAGGCAAUUUAUGACCUUGCUAAUAUUUGUUACUUGGAUAGACAAUAUUCAAGAUGAAUCCAACUGAUUGAAAAGCAUGGGUGCUCUCUCAACAAGAAGCAUCCAUAUAGUGUAUUUACUGAGAAAUGACAAAUCCUUGCUGCUCAAGCCAUGCUUGAUUCUAAUAAAAUCGAAGAUUGAAUCGAAGUUCUUCAGAUUGGGAUUAAGGAAAUGAAUAAAGAUCCUAAUGAGGACUAUCCAGAUGGUCAGAAAUAUUACCAAAGUUUCAGACAUCUUCUCCUUGGCAAGGCUCUCGAAACUCAGGAGAAAAACUUUCAUGUGAUUGAGAGUUAUAAGAAAGCUCUUGAGUGGAACCCAGAGAACUUUGAAGCAUUCGAUCGCCUUUUUGGAAACUACUUACUUACUCAGGAAGAGAAGAAGUACUUCCUUGCUGAUGUAAAUUUCACUGAAGAUAAUCUUUGGCUCAGUGAUUACUAUAUUUUACGAAUCUACGGGGAGGUUGGCCAAGUUUUAGAAGGAAAGGUUGCACUUAGCCAGGAUGAACCUUGAAUUAAAAUAAGUAAUACCGAGCAUUUUAGUGAUGAGCCUAACGAGGAAAACCCGAAGAACCAACAUUUAACUUUUAUUGUGCCAGCAAGUUCUCAAGAUCAUGAAAAUAUUAGUGAUAGGGAAUGGAAAGAUCUCAGUAACCUCAAAUCACAAGAAGAGAAUCAUCCACCCAUUCUUGAAAUACUCAAGCAAAAUAACAACAGUUAUAUGAUGCUGCUUGAAGCAGAGAAAUUGUAUCACAAGAGGAAUCCAUCAGAGGCUUAUGAAAUUCUAAAGGCUAUAUUUGAUGAAGAUCUGUACUUCUUCAGUGCAAUUCCUCUCUAUAUUGCUAUUAUGACAGAAUUACGAAAAGUUUCUGAGCUAUACAUGCUUGCUCAUAACUUAGUUUGUUCAAGUUCUGGAUCUGCUAUCUCUUGGUAUGCAGUUGGGGCUUAUUACUACUUGAUCAAAAAGUAUGAUGUAUCAAGACAAUAUUUCAAAUAAAUCAAGCAAAAUAGAUCAAUACUUUGCCCCAAGCUGGAUAGCUUUAGGACAUAGUUAUGCACUCAAUGAAGAAGCUGAUCUAGCAAUGUCAGUAUAUAGAACGACAGCAAGGCUCUUUCCAGGCUGCCAUCAGGCAAACCAAUGCAUUGGAAUGGAGUAUUUUAGGCUUGGAAAUUCACCUAUUGCCUUGAUAUCGUUUAAUCAAGCCUUAAAAAUUUAUGAUAAUGAUGCUUUCCUUCAUAAUGAAAAAGGAAUAGUGCUUUUUAGAGAAAAGAAAUACGAUCAAGCUGAACAAUCAUUCUUUACCGCAUAUACCCUUGCAGAAGAUAAAAACAGCAAGAAUUUUGAGGCUAUCCUCAUGAAUUUUGGACAUUGCCAAAGAAAACUCAAGAGGUAUGAUGAGGCUAUUAUGUAUUAUGAGAAGUGCUUACACAUUGACCAAGAAAAUGCAGACACUUUUGGAGCUAUUGGAUUCACUUACCAUCUCAAACAAGAUUUCAGGACGGCAAUGAAUUACUACAACAAGGCUAAUUUCUUAAACUAUAACGACCAAUUCAUCCAGAAAAUGAUCGAAUGUGUACUGGAAGACUUAAGCCAAGUUCCUAUUGAAGACUUUAUUCAAGAAGCUGGAGUUUAG